UGUCCUGAUUUGUUGUUUGUGCUGUCAGAUCACCAAAUUGAAGAUUGACAGGAACCCAUUCGCUAAGGGCUUCAGAGACCCGGGACGGAACAGGGGCGUGUUGGACGGCCUCAUGGAGUCCUAUCCCUGGAGAAGUCCCCUCAGUCUGGAGUUCAAACCAUUUACUCUACAGCUACAAGGAGGUAGCUGUGGGUCUCCAGGCAACUGCACUUCUCCUCUGAAGAGCCUUGUCCCUCUCUCCUGUCCUCCGACCUCUCACCCCUUCACCCUCUCCUCCUUCUCCUGCCCUGACACCAGCCUGCACUCCUGUUGUCUUCCCCUCUGCUGCAAGACCUCCCCCUUCUCCCCCAUCUCCCCCAUGCCAGCCAGACCCUACCCUUGCCCCCGGCGCUACUCCCCCCUGCCUCCCCUCCUCUCGGCCCUGCAAGGGAAGAAGGCUCCAGGCUUCAGUGCUCUGUGUCUUCAGGGGGGCGUUCCCAGACAUCCUCCCAGCCUGCAGCCACACCCCCUACAGGCCCCUCCCUCUCACAGCUCCCCGCGGGGACCCGGCCCUCACUACCCUCACCGCUCCCACCCAGACCCAGCUCCCCCGUACUGUCUGUACCGCUCCAGUCUACCCAGAAACGCUCACCUCGCUGCUUUCUCAUGCCACGCCAAACUGGCUGACAGCACCACAGACUGUCUGCUACGCCAGACACCCUGGAACACCACCCAUUGCCUCUGACCUCUGACCCCUGACCCUACCGUAACCUUACCCUAACCUAGCAAUAACAAGUAGCCCUUAUCCUCGAAACUAUAGCGCCAGAGAGAUGGGAGAAUUAGAGGGAGCAUACAGUAUGUUCUGGACAAACCAUCAUCAUCCAUUAAAGCUGUAUCAGGCCAUCAUCAUCUACUAAGGCUGUAUCAGACCAUCAUCAACUACUAAAGCUGUAUCAGACCAU